AUUAUUGUGUUAUAUACCCUAACUCUAUGUAAUAUUCCGAUAUGCAAUAGGAAUUUUACCACAUAUAUACACUGGCGUACGUGACUGUCGUGAACGCUGAGACAGCAUUUCAACACCCUAGAAACCGUGCAUUGACGUAAAUGGCACAUUGACGCACAUGAGUGCGGGGACGCCGAUUCAGCACCUUUACCUCAUGGAGCCUCGAAGCCAGCCACGGGGCCCGCACUUCUGAACUCACAUCGUCGGAAGACAGACCAGUAGCAAUAAUUAAGUUUAAGUUUCAUUGUAAUCUUUUUUAAUUUUAAUAAACUUUAGAUUCAGUUUCGGUUUUUUUUAAGACCUUAGGCUGCGACCUCCGUAAUUGGCGCAGUCGGUAGGAUCUUGAGAAGCAGUGCGCGCGCGAUUUAAGGACCUCUAAUAUCGAAACCCAGCGAUCACGCAUUGACGCUGCUCGCGCUAUUAAGUGCUUUGUCUCGAGAUUCGAACUUUGGUAGGCUCGCGGCCGAAGGCGAUCACUUGAACUUCAGUGGACCGAAGAUAAUGAAAAAUCUGCCAAACAAAGCUACCAAAUCUAGCCAUGUCUCGGAGUUUCGUGUUUGCCCUCGCACUGUUCGGAAUGGUGGCAGUUUUACCUUUGCCCGCAGCAAAUGCUCAGGCGUUAUCGAACUACGAUGCGUCACCUGCAACAUUCGAGAGCCGGAAUAACUGGGAUGCACUGGGAGGGCUCUAUGCUCUUCUGGCCCAGCACGACGCGCUCGGCGGACACGCGCUGGCCCGCAAGUCUGUUCGAUCGCCAUCCCGACGCCUGCGUUUCGGCCGCCGAUCAGAUCCCGACAUGCCACCUCAAGCUCCUAUUGACGAGAUGGAUGAGCUGCUCUCUCUCCGCGAGGUCCGCACCCCGGUCCGCCUACGCUUCGGACGCCGCUCUGACGAACGCGCUGUGCCACAUAUCUUCCCUCAGGAGGAGCAGGAUCGCGCUGUGCGAGCCCCUUCCAUGCGUCUACGAUUCGGCCGCCGAUCUGACAACAAUAUGUUCUUAAUGCCAUACGAGUCUGCUCUGCCUAAGGAAGUGAAAGCUAGCGGCUCCGUGGAAGAUGAUAGACAACAAGAAUAAGCUCACCCAGAACAUAUCCUCUCGUCGCAACCUAGAUGUAUUUCUCUCAAUGUCAAAAUAUAUACCUAACUUUCGAUUAUUAAUAAAAUUACCGUAAUAAAUGUAUGUAAACGUAAAAUAUUUAAUAGAUUCUUAGAUAAUACUCGGUCGUAUUAAUAAGAUUUGUGUAUAUAAACUAUUUUAGAGUGUUAUUAAACUUUGUUCUGGCAUCUAAUUAAUCAGUUUCUUGUUUUAUUUCUCUACUUUAAAUAUAUCUAUGAUCAUUGUGCGUCAAUGUUUGUAAUAUUUGACGACAGAAAUAUCAGAACACCCGUUGACGUUUCCAGUCAACUUUAUAUUAAGACUGUCUCUGUACUUUUUAAUUUGAAAUUUGUCUUUUAUAGCCUUUUUAUCACCGUCGUGAGCAGAGCGAAGAGUUCUACAUUUUUAGAGCUGGGCAAAUGUAAAACUACUUCGCUCUAACACCGUUCAUUUCAGAGCUGUCUUCAAGUCUGUUUAAUCAAAUUUCCACUUUAGCAUCGAUAAAUUAAAAAGAAUACUGUUUACACUAAGUAUAAGUGUAGUAUGUUUAAUUUUGUUAUUACAUCUAAAUAGAUUAAUUGAUGAAUUGAAAUAAACAAUUUUAACAAGAGGUA